CAUCACGACGGCAACCCAGCAUUCGACCGCUGCGACCAUUCCACCCCGCCAGAUCGCACUGCUCGCGCCGGCAUAUUCGAUGCGGAUGAGAUUAAUUGCCGCGAAGGACUCGUGAACAACGCGCCACAACUCCGAAGUCGUGAUAUCCCUGAGUCGAGCCUUAGAAUCAUCAGGCAAGCAGAUGCGCUGCGAAAAUCCCGAUCAAUGACUACCCUCGUACGAACGCGAAUUCAAAUUCCUCUAGAGACGCUGAGCAUGAGCCAACAACCUACAGCGCGAAGAAGAAGCAAGCGGCUGGCUGCGUAUGAUGAAGAAGAUGGCGACUUUAUAUUCACACGUGGAUCGAAACGAACGAAGACUGCGCCGGUAGAACCAGAGCCCGCCCCCGCGCCAGCUCCUCGACCGAAGAAGACCAGAACGACAAAGGAGGUAAAGGAGGUGAAGGAGGUAAAGGAGGCAAAGGAAGCAAAGGGAGCAAAGGGAUCAAAGGAAGCAAAGGAACGCGAUGAGGAGCCGGCUCCGACGGCGAAGAAGCCCAGAGGGCGCAAAAUGAGUUUUUCGACGCCCAAGGUAGAGAAGGAUACCAUCAGCGUGCCGAGGAGAAGGAAAAGUACGCGUUCGUCUACAGCGAAGAAUGGUGAGAGCAGCACUCCUCAAUCCGGGACAGCGCCGGCCGACUACGAUAGCAUUGAUUUGGUUGGCGCGGAGGCACCGGAUAGGUCGAUUGUGGAGGUCAGCAAGCAAUCUACCGUGAUCUCGUUACCAUUCAGCGAUACGCCAAUAAUCAAUAGAAAUAAGGAGCUGAGAAAGAAAGGCAAUGGCACGCGGAGGAGUAGUUUGGGAAUGCGAGGGCGAAGAGCGAGUUCUCUGAUAGAUAAUGGGCAUAGCGCAAUCCCACAUCGCGAGGUGGAAACGUCGGAGUUUUACAAGCACAUUGAGGCUGAUGGAUUGAGUGAGCCAAGAAGAAUGAAACAACUCUUGACUUGGACGGGAGAACGGGCGCUAGGAGAGAAGCCGUCUCACGGUGAUCCAGACAGUGCGGCCAACUUAGCAGCGCGAGUAAUCAAGGAAUCUCUUCUCAAGGAUUUUGCCAACAAAUCAGAAUUCUCAGAUUGGUUUAAUCGAGAAGAAACCGAGCCGGCAAAGGUUGUCAAAAAGCCAAAUCCACGAAAUGUUGAGAUUGAGGAGAAUUUAGCAGGAUUGGAAGAAAGAAUCAAGAAGCUAAAAGAAGAACGAGAUGAAUGGAAAGCUCUCGCGAAACCGCCUCCCCCUCUCCCCCCACUCUUCUCAGAUGAUUCCAUAGAUCUAUCUCCCUCACAAAUCGACGCCUCACUCCUCGACCCCGAACAAGCCGCCAUUCUCGCCACAGUAGCCGAGUCAUCAGCACUCGACCUUCGAAAUCAAGUAUCCAAACAGCUGAGAUCUAUACAAGCGGGCUUGGAAUUCAGGGUCGAUCAGUUCGCAGAUGGAGUCCAUAAAUUAGAGCAAUACCAAGAAACGGCUGGCCGAGUUGCAGAUAAGUUCCUUGCGAUCAGUUCUAUGCGGUUAGAAGAAAGGGAUCGGAAAGAGAAGGAGGCGGUAGGCACGCGGGACUUGCCUAUGCAAGAAGUGUUGAGGAGCCUGAGUAGGAUCUUACCUGAAGGGGGGAGCGGAAAUGGACGAUGAGAGAUGGAAAUCGGCUUAAAGCCGACUAUAUUGAGAACCCAAUGUUUUUCUGGGGGCUGGGUGGGAUUCGGCUUGCACGCACGAGGCACGUUUACAAGAGUUUUGGAGUUGCAUUCACGAGGAGCAUUAUGAGCAAUGGUGCUUGGGAUUUGGACACAGUUAUUGU